GCCCGUCUCCAACUACCGUCACCAGUUUGCAAUUAUAGCCAAUUCUUUUGAUUCUCGUUCACUUCUCUUCUUUAGUCUUUCACCGGAAAAACUAAACCCCGUCCUUUCGAUCUCUAAAGCUUUCAGUAUUUCGCCGGUGAAAUUAUCUGUCUCUUCUCCCAAAUCGAUUGGUUUGUUAGCCUAUUUGACUAGAGUGUGUAAAUUCCCCUCCGGUGGUACUAAACAAGAUUUCCAGCAAGGAAUAUGGUUUAUCACUCCAGUUUUAUUGACGAGGAAGGAAUUAGUAAAGCUUGUGGAUGCCCUUUAUUACCUCUGAAAAGCCAUAUAAAGGGACCUGCUCCAGUUUCAGAACAAGAUACAACUGAUAUUGUUGAUGAAGCAAUCACAUUCUUCCGAGCAAAUGUCUUCUUCAAAAACUUUGAUAUUAAAAGCUCAUCUGACAAGCUACUUAUCUAUUUGACAUUGUAUAUCAACAUCGCACUAAAGAGGCUUGAAGGCUGCAGAACUUUAGCUGAAGGAACCAAGGCUAUCAUCAACCUAGGUUUGGAAACGGUUCCUGUACCUGGAGAGUCAGGUUUUCCAUUCCCAGGCUUAUUUACUGCUGCCCAAUCUAAAAAAGAAGCAGGUAGAUUGUUUGAUGAACUAAGCAACCCUCUUUUUCCUAUGUGAAUAAACCACCAAUACAUGAUUUCGGUUGAUUUUGAGUUCGCUAUUUUGCUUCCAUUUUGUCUUUUGAGAUUCUAAAAUGAAAACAAACAAGUUCACAGCUUAUAGUUCUUCAGUUAUUAUAUCCAAGUCCAAUUUUGCCAACUUCUUCUGGAAUUUCCAAUUACACUACAUUUGAAUGCUUGAAUCCUAACCUUUUUACAAAACUUAAUAGGGUAGCUGUGAGAAGGCACGAGAGAAAAUAUGU